UGUUCACUGCACAUGACAUAUGACAUAUGUAUAAUAUUGCUUCUUUAAAUAAUGGAAUUAAAAGAGAAAUUAAAAAAUAUGAAUGAAGAGGACCUUUAUAAAUUAUUAAAUGACCUAAGAAUAUUGAAACAAAAGGGCGAGUUGGACACUGAUGAGAAAUUGGCGCAACAAACUGUCAAAUGGCGAAAUACUUUGGAUUACUGUGCUUUAGAAACAUGUAUCAGACAUCACAGCGAACAGUGUAGAUUAGAGACAUUGGCACUCUUAGUGGAAUCAAAGAAAAGCACAUUACGUUUUACACGCAUGGAGCUUAAUACAAUUCUGUUAUGGCUGCAAUAUAAUUUGUGUGAAAAAAUGGAAUAUGUACCCUUUAUCAAGAAGGCUUUAAAACGAUUGAAAGAUAGUUUGGCUGUUAUGCAGAGACAACUGAUUCAAGAAGAAAAUAUGAGAAAUCGUCAUAAAGAACAAAAUAGUCUCACUGAAACAUAUGAAAAUGUUUUAGCUUUAUCUCAUAAAACAUCUGAAGAAAUUGAACAGAAUAUAAAAGAUUACACUAUAUUUUUUAUAAACUUGCGUGAAAUAUGUGUCAACAAUUUGUAUCCAGAUGCAACAUACAGUCGUAGACGAUCCAGCUUGCAAAUACUUUUACUUGCGCAACAUCUACUUUGUAAUGAAUUUAAAGACAUAAAAUGGACUAAGAAGCAAGCUGAAACGAUAUUUAAGUGUUUAUUGCUGGAUACAUAUGAAACAAAUAAGGAAAUGGCAUAUCAAAUAUUAAAGCCUAUUGAUCCAAUGUUAUUGUGCUUAGAUUUGGAAUCUCAGGUUCAAUUAAUAAUUAAAGUUGCGCUUGAAUUAGGUAAUAGCAUACGACCCAUAGAUAGUAUUACAGCCGCAUAUAUGUUAAAAAUCUCCAAGUUAUCUCCUGUUUUAAAAAAUAUACUUUGCAAUUAUUGCAAUACAGAUGACAAUGUUAUAGAGGCAAUAACAUUACAAUUAGUGUUGCUGUUGUAUACAAAAUUGCAUGAAGCAUUAGCUUUAGCAAAACAGAACAUAGGGAUGGCAAUUGUUAAAUGUUCUUUGUAUGGGUAUUUAUUCUGCAUGAGAAGUUUGCUUUUUGAUUGUGAUUUAAGUGUCUUAGGAACAGACAGUUUAUGGCAAAAUACCAUAGUCAAUAUCAUAUUAUUGUGCUUUGAACUAAAUCAUACUGUUUCUGUGAUAGUAAAUAAUUCCUCACCAGAAGGACAUUUACCUAUGGACUUGAAAUUAUUAAAUUUUAAUGACAAUACAUCAUUUCCUGAGAAAGAAAUUAUAACGCCACAAAUGGUAUUACUAUGUUCUUGGCGUACAGUUAAAGAAGUCAGUCAGUUGUUUGGGCUGUUGGCCAGCAAGGCAUCGAUACAAACUGGUGAAUCUAUAAAUGGAUUAUUAACGGACAAACAAAUCGAGCAUAUAACGAAACAUCUGGUUUUGUUAUUAUGCGAAACGAAACACAGAGGAGCGUUUGAACAGGUGUAUGUUGGUUUUUAUCAAAUAUGCGCACGGUUAUGGCGAUUAAAAAACCCGACUUUAACUGUACUCCCUAUACAUUGGUUGUAUGAUAUCUUAAUAGGUAUCACAGGAUUAAUGCCAAGGUAUUCGAAAAUAUGUGCAACAAGAAGAAGCGCGGGAGUACCGUUUAUGAUACAGGCAGUGUUAUCCUCAGAGCCAAAAAUCCAUGCUAAUUCAAAUGUGUCCGCGUUUCAUUCUGUUAUGAAAAUUUUAUUACAAUUUUCGAUGCUCGAAGACACAAUUAGUUGGCAAAAAAUAAAGUGCAUAAUAUGUAAAAAUACAAUAUUUUCAAAAUACGAGCAUUCAACGGAACCAAUAAUAGAAAAUAGUAAUGACUAUAAUUAUAAGGAAACUAAUUUUGACGUAACGGAGAUAAAAACUCAUUCUAUGAAUAUUCUUAGAGCUUUAUUCAGACAUUCUCAACUUGGUGAUAUGGUCAAGAAUUAUAUCGCGGAUGGUUUGAUAGUGGCAUUUAGAAACUAUGAUAGCAAAACAUGGGCGGAACGUAAUGCGGCCACAUUAUUAUUUAGCGCGCUUAUAAUUCGAAUUUUUGGUGUUCAAAGAACCAAGGAUCACAUUAAUUUGACGACAGAUAACAAAAUGACAGGGAGAAUAUUUUUCGAAAGAUAUCCUCAUCUUUUGCCUUUUAUUCUGGAUGAAUUGCAAACUUUCGUGUCAAUUAAUGAUACCAUGAUAAAAUCAAAUGUGCAAGCAAUUUUAUUGUUAUUGUCACGUUUAUACAUUAAUUAUCAUUCCGACGGAAAAAAUAUUGUUUGGAAGAUAAAUGAAAUUGUUAAUUUGGUAUCACAAUGCGCUAAAAGUCCUGUACAUAAAACACGUGAACUUGCAGCUAGAGCUCUAGUGCCGUUAUUAACGGAAAACACAGCUUAUGUUUUUGUGAAAAAGUUAUUUUUAGUUUUAUGUACAGCACAAGAUACUAGGAUCCCUGCAAAUCUAAUGCAUGGUUAUUUACUACAGAUAUUAGAGAUCUUAACAAGAUUGCCAUCAAUUCAGCUGAUAAAAUCUGACGUUGCAGAUUUUUUGAAUGCUACAGGUUGGAUAUUGAAAGGUUUGGAAGAAAAAACCAAUGGAUUCGGUUGUUUUCCAAUAGCUACUGUAUACAUCGACAUUCUUCAUGAAUUAUACAAUAUAGAUAAAAAUAUAAUUGAAAGCUGUAAAAUAGAAGAUAUAUUGCACAGGCUGCGGCAGCAUUUAAUUGAAAAAGAUCUAUUAAGAAAAAGGCCAGGGGAACAAAUGUACAAAAUAUCCAUAAUCAAAUUUAUACUAUGUGUCGGAAAAAAUUCGAAAUUCUUACAAACGAUGCACGAUGGACAAAGCGAAGCACUUAGCAUAUAUUCGCAACUUUUGAUUGUGCCAGAGGCAGAGAUACAAAGCAUCGCGUGGGCUACUUUCUUUGAAGUUCUCAAGAUAGAAGAAUCUCAUCAACAAAGAAUGUAUUUGUGUGCUUGUGCUAUUGAUGCACUUUCCAAGUUUGAAGAUUUUCAUAAAUAUAAUCCUAAAUUGCAAGAUGCAAUUUUCGAUUUCUUAUAUAAUUGCCUAAUGGAUAUAGAUGUGUGUCAUUUUGCCGAUAGACAUAAAAUUUGUACCUUAGUUCUGAGAAUAAUGUAUUUAAAUGAUGUGAACAAUGUAUACUCUCAACGUAUUUGUUAUUUAAGAUUGUUAGCCAAAUGUUUGGUGACAUUACCUCAGGAAUUGAAGAUCGUAAUACUUAGAAUGGAGCAUAUAGAAGAUAUCUAUAGAAAAGUCUGUGACAGCGGCUGGAUUGGUUCGUUACAUAAAGAUCUUAGAUCAUCGGUUUUUGAAAUAUUAUAUGAUCUUUUUAUCAAGGACAAUAUCGAUUCCGAACAUUGCCAUCCCACAUUGGAUUGGUGGACAAUGCUGUUACAAUUACUAGUUGACGAUAAUGCAGACGUUCGACACGAAGCAUCCAAGUUAAUUUGCAAAAUUAAACCAUGCAACGAAUUAGUCUGCAUCGAGAAUACUCUGUUGAUCUUUUUUCAGAAAUUUAACAAAAUAGUCGCUAAGAAACAACCGGAAAUAGCGCUUAGCGCUCUAUUCUGUUGGAGCAUUUCGUUAUUAGGUGAUGCAGAUUACGAAAUGGACGAAACGGAUGUAUUCAACAAAUGUAGGAAUUACGAUGUCUUCGAACCUGUCAAGAUAUCAAAAUUAUGCUUCAGCUUGACGAAAUUGAUAAUGCAACGAUAUUUCAUUGAUAAAGCAGUUCAAUUAUCACCGGACACUGUGAGAUGGAUAAAUUAUCGUUUAAAUACCGAUUUCUCUCCAUUAUCGUCCUUUGAAGAUAUCGUGCGCAAUUUUAAAAACAACGUGCCGACACUCGAGAGGAAACUCGAUGAAAUUUUAGAUCCAAUGUACAAAGACAAAUUAUUGCAAGUUUUAGCAUACGAAAAAUAUAUGUCGUUAUAGUGUCGAAAAUUUCUCCGCAUUAUUGUCAUAAUUUUAUAUUUAAUUAUGUAUAUCAUGAAUAAAUAUAUAAAUUUGGCAAAAUGUUCAUGCAUUUAUUGCAAGAGCUGAACAAA